AAUGUCAGAGGAAGCAAUGUAGCAGGGGAAUCAAUGAGUUCCGUUUGGGAGGUGGAGUGUACAUACAACACGUCUUCUAACCUAGUGCUUGUAUAUCACCAAUUAAUCGUCUAUAAUUCUAUAAAGUCUAUAAUUCUACAACGUCUAUUGGUUCGUCGUGGCCGUAUCGGCUACCGUUUAUCAGGAGCCGGGCGCCAUAAUUAGAAGAAGAAGAAGAAGAACCAGGAAUCAAUUUAACGUAAAUAGCGUCGUUACAGCACGAACUGCAGUUAUUUUGCACUUAGUUAUAAGUGGGUGUAAUGAUGAUGCCCGGAAAAACUCCAGUACAAGAGAAUCCCUUGGGCCUGUCUUGGCACGACAGCGCCUGGAUUCCCGUCCUUAAUCCAAGCAACAUUAUGGAUUACUUCUCAGAAAGGAGCAAUCCGUUUUACGACAGAACCUGCAACAAUGAGAUAGUCAAGAUGCAGCGUCUGAGUCCCGAUCAAUUGACCAAUAUGACUGGCUUGGAGUACAUUCUGCUGCACGUGCAGGAGCCAAUUCUAUACGUGAUUAGAAAACAACAUAGGCAUUCGCCAACUUUAGCCUCGCCAGUCGCCGAUUAUUACAUUAUAGCCGGCGUUGUGUACCAAGCUCCAGACUUAGGGUCCGUCGUGAGUUCUAGACUGUUGUCCACAGUUCACCACUUACAAUCUGCCUUCGACGAAGCAAGCACCUGCUCUCGAUAUCAUCCGAGUAAGGGCUAUUCGUGGGACUUUAAGAAUGGCAAGGCCUUGGCUGCUAAGAAAGAGACGCCGGUUCGCGAAGAGCCUAGCUCGCUGUUUCAACGGCAGAGAGUGGAUAUGUUACUCGCAGAACUCACUCGUAAAUUUCCCUUACCGGUGCAUAAGCCGGUACACCAAGCAACAGAAGCUUCCGUGGAGAUUAAGCAGGAAGUGAAGACUGAGAAGAAAGAUAUGAAACCGCCACCAGAAAAGAAACCUAGAAUUAAUUAAUAAUAAGGAUAUAAAGUAUACGUGUCACACUUUUCAACUUGUAUAAUAAUAGAAAGGGUAAGGGAAAGUGGAACGGGA